GUGGAAAGGGGGGUAGGGGCUGGGUGGUUGGGGACGUUGAGAGAGAGAUAGAGAGAGAGAGAGAGAAAGAGUGGGUGAAGAGUGGGGGUGGUGGGGGGGGAGGAGAAACAGGUCCCUGAGAUUUCAAGAUGUCUACUACUCCAAGAAAUUCCUUUGUUAGAGCAGCCGUCUGCCUGUUCUCGCUGUGGGAAUUCAUGGCGCAGUGUGGAGAGGCUGAGAGCAACCAGAGCGACGCGUCUGAUCCAUGCAAGAGAGCAUCGGAAUGCCAGCCUUUGAAAUACAACACAUGUCUGGGCUCUGCCCUGCCUUACACCCACACCUCCAUCAGCCUGGCUGAGGACUCCAGCACACAAGAGGAGGCUCACAAUAAACUCGUGCUGUGGUCAGGGCUGAGGAAUGCUCCCGGCUGCUGGAAUGUCAUUCAGCCGCUGCUGUGUGCCAUCUAUAUGCCAAAGUGUGAAAAUGGCAAAGUGGACCUGCCCGGUCAGGUGCUGUGUCAGAUCACCCGCAGACCCUGUGCCAUCGUGCAGAGAGAGAGAGGGUGGCCAGACUUCCUGAAAUGUACGGCUGAUCGCUUUCCUGAAGGAUGCUUGAACGAAGUCCAGAAUAUCAAGUUCAACAGCUCUGGUCGUUGCGAGUCACCUCUGGUGAGAACGGAGAAUCCGAAGAGCUGGUACGAGGACGUGGAGGGCUGCGGGAUCCAGUGUCAGAAUCCGCUCUUCACUGACGACGAACACGACGCCAUGCACGUCUACAUCGCCAUCUUUGGCUCCAUCACUAUAUUCUGUACCUUCUUCACACUGGCCACGUUUGUCGCUGACUGGAAGAAUUCUAACCGCUACCCAGCCGUCAUCUUGUUCUACGUUAACGCCUGUUUCUUCAUUGGAAGCAUUGGCUGGCUCGCGCAGUUCAUGGACGGGGCAAGGAAGGAGAUUGUGUGCAAAGCGGACGGGACAAUGCGACUCGGGGAGCCAACGUCCAAUGAAACUCUCUCCUGCGUGAUAAUAUUUGUCAUCGUCUACUACUCGCUGAUGUCUGGGGUGAUCUGGUUUGUGAUGCUGACCUACGCUUGGCACAUGUCAUUCAAGGCUCUCGGCACCACCUACCAACCCCUGUCUGGAAAAACGUCCUACUUCCACUUGGUCACCUGGUCCAUCCCAUUCAUUCUCACCGUCACCAUCCUGGCUUUGGCUCAGGUGGAUGGAGACUCUGUGAGUGGGAUAUGCUUUGUUGGGUAUAAAAAUUAUCACUUCCGAGCGGGAUUUGUCCUAGCUCCCAUUGGAUUGGUGCUGGUGGUUGGUGGCUAUUUCCUUAUCAGAGGUGUCAUGACCCUGUUUUCAAUCAAAAGUAACCACCCUGGGCUCCUGAGUGAGAAGGCGGCCAGUAAGAUCAAUGAAACAAUGCUACGCUUGGGUAUUUUUGGAUUCCUUGCUUUCGGAUUUGUUUUCAUCACGUUUGGCUGCCAUUUUUAUGACUUCUUUAACCAGGCGGAUUGGGAGAGAAGCUUCCGCGAGUAUGUCCUAUGUGAGGCCAAUGUGUCUAUCGCUGAACAGACCAAUACGCCCAUUCCUGAAUGCAGCAUCAAGAAUCGGCCUAGCCUGCUGGUGGAGAAGAUCAACAUUUUUGCCAUGUUUGGGACGGGCAUUGCUAUGAGCACUUGGGUGUGGACCAAAGCUACUGUCCUGAUCUGGAAAAGGACCUGGUUCAGAAUUAUCGGUCGGAGUGAUGAUGAGCCAAAACGAAUAAAGAAAAGUCGAAUGAUCGCCAAAGCGUUUUCAAAGAGGAAGGAGCUGCUGAAAAACCCAGAGAAGGAGCUCUCGUUCAGUAUGCAGACAGUCUCUCAUGAAGGACCAGUGGCUGGAAUGAACUUAGAUCUCAAUGAGCCAUCUGCUGACCUCUCAUCUGCGUGGGCACAACAUGUAAACAAAAUGGUUGCCCGAAGAGGAGCCAUUUUACCUCAGGACAUUUCUGUCACUCCAGUAGGGACACCAGUGCCGCCGGAUGAGAACGAUCAAAACCUGUGGAUCAUCGAAGCUGAAAUCCCUCCAGAUCUCCUGAAGAGAGCUGGGAAUAGGAAGAAGAAAAAGAGGAAGAAAGCCAUUAGACCUCUGGGACCCGUGGAUGAGAUACAUGACAUGGGCUACUUUACAGAGCGGGCAUCCAGCACAGUCCCUCGCCUGCCCAAGCUGCCUCGGCAGAAGAGUUUGGUGUCGAGAGGCAUUGAGCCUGUUCACAUGGAAGAUAUUUUACCGGGCGCUUUCCCGGAAUACGUUACAAACCCAGGGCGUCACGGUGGGAGAUUUCCCAAAGAAAUGUUCAACGGUUCUUUUGAGUGCAGAAGAAAGUCGUCUUUGAAUUUGAUAGCAAACCCACUCUCGGUUGAGGAGAUAUCACAGGACGAAGCUGGAUUUGUCCUCGGAGCUCGAUUUUGCCCUCCACAGAGACCGUAUAAUCGUGUGUUUCCCCAUUCCUCAACUGAUUUGGUCCCCAUUAGGGUGCCGGUAGUCAACGUACCAUAUGUUAACAGACCCCAAGGUAGAAGGGUUGGCUUAGCACCAGUACACUCAAGAACAAACCUUGUGGACACAGAGUUAAUGGAUGCGGACUCUGAUUUUUGAAGUUUGCACCCUUAUUGAUGUUGUAUAGGCUUCAAUUGCAGGGGCAGCAGCAACACUAAGCUGCAACUGAGGACUUCAACAAAUCACAUUCCAUUUUCCUGCCGCACUCGCUGGUUAAAUGUAUUCAUGGAAACUCUGGGAACUCGUACAAACAGUGACCGUCACAAAGAGGUUCACGCACUUGGAGACACUUGUUGAAAGGUCACUUUACAUUUCAUUGCCUAAACGUCCAGAGUGGGCAGCGGUAAUAAGCAGUCCUAAAAGACAAUGUGGCAAAGUCAUUGGUGCCUGUACUGUAUUAUUACUGUUAACGUGAAUGCAUUUGCAUGAGGUCUUCUCGUCCGAGUAGUGAAUCGGUUCAGGAAUGAUUGUAAGUGGCAAGAUGCUUCAGGUUACUGCCCUGUCUUACCAUUCCUCCAACCAGAGAGUGGGGAAACUGAUUAUAAAAUGAAGUGAGCUUUGACAAUAAUGUAAUGCAAAUCCACUUUCGGUUGCAAUGCAUUGUUGUGGCGUUUCGCCCUCAAAAAAUAUAAAGU